GUUUUUUUUCAAAAAUAACCUUUUUGAAAGAAAAAAAAAUUCUUAAACAAUCUCACACCGACAGUGUAAAGUAUAACACGUUCAGUGCUCCGUCUUCAGGUUCGAGUCCCUUGUCGGCUACUUUGUUUCUCAGAUAUUGCAAAGUUCUUAGAUCCUUGGACUAAUGAAAUUCUGCGAAAACAAGACCACUCCAAGGACCACGUGAGAAGACACAUGCUCGAAGCGAAGAUCUUACUCUGCUGUUGUAAAAUAUCCGUUAUCCAGUAUUAUGCUAGUGUACUACUUAGUGUACACCCUGUCUGUGUCGACCCUGUCAAGAGCUGAUGUCUCCAUAAUAAGGCAACAAACGUCUUAUGGCGCCAAGAACAACUAUGGGUUUCCCUCUUCAAGCAUUUCGGAUAUGUACUAUAAGGCGUUUGCCGACUUCACCGUGCAAUCCACCGAUGACUCUGCUUGUCACAUCCAAACUGAUCUCUAUGUCAGGCACCUGCGAAACAAUACUUACUGGGCCGUCCGAAUGGCCGAGUCUUGGAAUCGAUACCCAAGUGGUCUGCUGGCCGGAGACAACUAUCAAUUGGGCGUUUACGACGAAUGCGUUGAUGUCGCUUCCCCGGUCCAAGGCCAAUACUGUUUAGCUGAUAUAAAAUUGUACACGGCAACAAAAAAAGAUUACACGCUGAACAGACCGGAUUAUCCGAAAAACACGGACAACGCUUGGCAUCAAAUACUUGGGUGGGUUGAUUAUUCAGAUCAAUUUCCACGGAAUCUUUUGAAAAUUGGUAUCUGCAUACCUGCGGCUUGUUCAGCUCUUGAUCUACAAAAUUCUUUACAAACGGAACUGAAUAAAGUUUUUAAUCCAGAACAAGUGAAUGCUGUCGUUCGCGUUGAUCCGAUCAUGUGUACCACCAGCAAAGACACAUAUCCUUACACUAGUGGAUAUUAUAUAACUUGCGCUGCGAUUGCUAUCCUUUUAUUUGUGUGCUGCGUUGCAACGUUUUAUCAUUUUGCAAUCUUGUUGAAAACACAAAGCAGUAAAGCUACAAAUGUGGAUGACUAUAGAAUGUACGAGACGUUCUCCAUUAUCAAAAACGCCAAAGACCUGUUGAAGUACGAUUUGAACAACGAGUUGAACAUUAUAUAUGGAUUCAAAGUGGGGGUGAUGGUAUCCGUACUGUUUGGACAUAGGUUAAUGUAUUUUAUAGCAACCCCUCUCAGCUAUCCCGAGCCAUUUGAACGAAUUUACGUGGACGGUCCCUCUAUUUUGUUGACCAGCAUGAAUUUGGUCGAUCCGUUUUUCUAUAUGACCGGCUUCGUGACGUACAUAUUACUCAAGUCGACAUUUCAAAAACCGGGAUCGUGGUGGCUUAAGUUGACCACGACGUUGGCGUACCGAUUUGCCAGACUGGUGCCGUCGUACGGUUUGGUGAUGGCGUUUACCGCCCACGUGUUACCUCAUCUGGGCAACGGUCCCCUUUGGCCUUUGAAAACGUGGCAGGAAGCAGAGAAUUGCCAAAAGUACUGGUGGACAAACUUGGUGUUCAUCAACAACUACAUUGACGCUAAGUAUCAGUGUCUCAUUAUAAGCUGGUACGUUUCGUGCGACUUCCAGUUCCUUGUCGUUGGCAUUAUAGUCAUACUGAUCUAUACGAAGAGACCGAAAUUAGGUGUUGGAUUGCUGACGGUGCUUUUGGUUAUAUCAUUAUUCGCACCGUUCUAUACGACCAUAGUCAAGAAAGUCGACGGCCUGGUCAAAGUACUCAUACCAGCUCUCGAGAAUGUCAGAAGUUCAAGGACAUUCGAUGAAGUCUACAGAUCCAGCUACUUGAGAGCCGUGCCCUAUUUAGUUGGUUUGGCCGUGUCUAUGCUCGUGGAGACGUUAAAGGAAAGAAAAUUUAAAUUACCUAUGGUUGUGGUUUAUACUGGAACAUUUGUCGUCACGGUAGUUGGCAUGUGGAUACAGUUAUACGGAGCUAUUUUCUACCAACGACAUAGGCCGUACAAUGCUCUGGAACAUGCUUUAUACGCAACUUUCCAUCAUUUUUCUUGGACUCUGAUAUCAGUCUGGAUAUCCAUUUGUUGUUUUACCACCGGUUACGGUCCUCUGGCGAAGGUGUUCAGCAAUCGUUUCAUGGUGACAUUGGGCAAACUUUCAUACCACGUGUUUAUGGUCAACCUCACGGUCAUGUUGAUGUCGUCGGCCACGCAGAGAUUACCCGUCCACUGGUCGUUUAAAUCAUUAGUCGAUGCAUGGAUAUAUGACAGUAUUAGAACGUAUUUAAUGGCUGCUGCGUUGUAUUUGAUUGUGGAUGCGCCUUUUUCAGACAUAAUUAGAAUUGCGUUUGGCAGAAGGAACAACGACCGUUCAAAUAACACAGUACAACCAAACAUAGUGUCUGCACAAUAUAACGAACCGGUCGUAGUGGCGAAUUAGCUACAAGAUGUGCAGUGGGUUUUGUGAUAAAGUUCAAUAUGUCAGUUGUAAUAUAAGUUCAAUAUGUUCUUUGGGACCGACCGAGUGAAUUAUAUUACUGAUUGGUCUUUAGUCCAGUCACAGAGACAAUAUUUCAACAUAUGUACAUAAAACAAUUUAAUUCUUAAAAAGUUUGAUUUUCAGUUUAGAAAGUCUAUACUUUUAGUUUACUGGUGCUCUUAUUUGUUUUAGUAAUAAUAUAAAUUAAGUGAAAUGUAUAUUUGUUAUCAAUUAUAUUUUAUAAU